UGUUAAACGCUUUCAAUUAAUAUAGUAAAAUCGGGUCAGUUUCUCAAAAUGCAAUUAUUUAAUUGAAACGCUUUGAUUUCCGGUCGGGAUUUCGCAAUUCAAUCUCUGUUAGAUAGAUUAAAUGAGUCAAAUAAGAAGGCUCCCAAGGCCCAGUGUGAUCAUCAAAGAUACAAAUCAGUCGAAUUAAAAGUACUCCUAACACCAGUCUCAUUCUUUCAUCCACACGGUCAUGAUGGCUCUCCCUGUCUAACUAUGAACCCGUUACCACUUUUAUUGGCUCUAAUAUCCAUUCUGGACUUUUCUGAAGCCAAGUUUCUCAAAAAGGGAGACUUGGUGAAGAAACUCAUGAAGAAAAAGUACGUUAGGGAGGGAAGCCUAAGGCUCGUUGGAGGUCGAGGGAAAUAUGAAGGAAAUGUUGAGAUAUUUCACAAAGGUAGAUGGGGCAAUAUCUGCGAUGACGAGUGGGAUUUGAGAGAAGCCAGUAUUGUCUGUUCAAAACUCGGAUAUGAGUUGUCCAGACCUACAUACGCUUCUUAUUUUGGCGAACCAAGAGGAAACUACUUAAUGGAUAAUUUAUACUGCGACGGAUCGGAGAAGAAUCUUUCCUCUUGCCGCUUCGACGGGUGGGGUAAUCAUGACUGUGAAAAGGAUGAAGCUGCUGGUGUAGUUUGUAUCAACAACGAAAAGACAAAAAGCAUUAUAAUGUCAGACGCGACAAAUACAGUAAAAAUUGAGAAAGACAAAGUCAAAACGAAAUACGGAGAUCUGCAAUUGAGACUGGCUGAUGGGAGGACCAAAAAUGAAGGAAGAGUCGAAAUGUUGUUAGAUAGCAAAGGUGAGCAAGGAUGGUAUGCUAUUUGCGGAGACGGCUGGCGUCUAAUUGAAGCCAACGUUGUGUGCAAACAGCUCGGCUUAGGGUUUGCUCAGACUGCGACACAGAACCAUUUUCUUGGAAAUGGAAUUCUAAAUAUGACAAUGAGUGGUGUGGAAUGUGUCGGAAAUGAAGUUUCCCUUUCUGAAUGUACAAUACCAAAUAGUUUUUACUGUCCAGGAAAUUUCUUCGCUGGAGUUAUAUGUACAGCAGAAAUGGCAGACUUGUCAAUCGACAAAGACGAAAUUGAAAAGAGCGCAUAUUUAGAAGACAGGCUCAUGUAUUUGUUACAAUGCGCCAUGGAAGAGAACUGUGUCGGGAGUUCAGCGUAUAUUAGACAAAAAGAUUCUGGAUAUUGGCACCUAGAAACGAGAAGGCUUUUGCGGUUCACUGCAAAGGUGACAAACAUCGGUAAUGAGGCUUUCAGACCUUUCUUGCCAAAGAACCUCUGGCAGUUCCAUCAGUGCCACAUGCAUUUCCAUAGUAUGGAGGUUUUUGCGACUUUUGACAUUAUUGACCAAAAUGGGUUCAAGAUCGCCGAGGGGCACAAAGCUUCUUUCUGUCUAGAAGAUAACGAAUGUGCCAAUGGCGCAAGGCCUGAAUUUGCUUGUGCAAACUAUGGCGACCAGGGGAUAUCGCCAAACUGCUCAGAUAUAUACAAGCACAAUAUAGACUGCCAAUGGGUUGACAUCUCUGAUAUGGAAACUGGGCAAUAUUAUUUCAAGGUGAAAAUUAACCCCGAGUUUAAAAUUCCAGAGAUGCGAUUCGAUAACAAUGAAGUCACAUGCAAUUUACUUUAUACACCAAGUUACGUGAGGAUUUUUAAUUGUGCUCAUACAAUGUGAAAAGAAAAAGUUGUAAAUGAAUAAAAUUAUUAAGCACAGAAUAAAAUGUCUUAAGUAAUCCUAAAUUAAGCAUUAAAAAACAGUGUGUUUUCUUACAAAAGAAGCAACAACGUUAUAUAAUAUUAAAAAAAAACUAAAAGAACACAAAUUUUGUUUACAAAUCAUUUAUUGUUAUUGUAUAUACAUGAAUAGAUUUAAAUAAUAAACAAAAUAUUUUCAAUAUGUAAAAAAAUAUAUACAUCGGCACACAAAAAAUUGGUAUAUCACAUAGUUUUUUUCUUUUUUUUCUGUUUUGUUGGCAAAUGUGUUGGGUUUUUAAAAAGGGUG